AUGCAUGCGGUGACGCUGCGCGUGAGCGAUGCGAGCGGCAACGUGAAUGUGACGGUGGUGCGGGUGGCGCUGCGGGAUAGUCGAGCGCCCAACCUGACGCUGCACUAUGUCGAGCCGUGGGACUUUGAGCGAGGGCCAGGCUGGCAGGACCCGAUGAAUGUGAGCGCCGUGGAUGCGGUGGCGGGUGACGUGCGGUCCAGCGUGAAGCGACGAGCGGUGGUGAUGACGACGGGCGUGCCGGCAUCGAUUUGUGAGGGCGCGAACCAGUACUACGCGGCCAUGACAGGGCAGGAGGGGAGCAGCGACAAUGGCCUGACAGGGCUGGUGAGCGCGAGCGAUAUGCCGGAGCCUGGACCGGUAGCCGCUGUCAAUGGAUGGGCAGUGGCGGGCACGGAAUACCGGCUGGAGUAUUCCGCGAACGAUGGCAACGGUAACGUGGCGCAUGAGGCAGCGCACAUGCGGAUUGUGGACACGCGGGCGCCGCGACUGGAGGUGGACGAUCUGGUUGUGGCCGAGUAUGGGGUGGGGUCGAUGUUUGUGGACCUUGUGCACCCAGAGCCGGUGGAUGAACCGAAUCAGGACCUGCGGGGUCGGCUGUGCGCUGUGGCGUGGCGUUACGAGUUGACGGCGGGGCUGGGGGAGCGCGUGAGCGGCAAUGACGCAGGGGUACUGGUACCCGUGUAUGCAGAGGCGCGAUGGCGGGAGUAUGCGCGAGACCCAUCGGCAUGGGAGUCGAUGGCAGUGCCGUUGGCGGAGCUGACGCUGGAUGCGAUGGUGGGCACGCUGUACCGAGUAUCGUUUGAGGUGUUGGACAUUGGCGUCGGCACCGUUUGGGGUGUCGUGGCUGGCGUGAUUGUGUUUCUGCUUCUGUUUGUCGCCUUCAUCAAACGCCGGCACAAGCAUCCUAGAACUGCUCCUCAUAGCUUCACAGACACCUUCAAUGUCUUGACAUUUGCGGAGAAUUCGACGCAUUCCUCUUGGGAGUUAGAACGAAGCCGUCUGUUUAUCUCAAACCGUAUUACUGCCACUCCUUUUGGUUCACUCAGCACUGGCUAUCUUGAACCUAUGAACAAAAGUCACAGCGGGCGGUGUGUGCCCGUGCUGGUUAACUGCCUGGAGGCGCAUAGCGCCUUAAGACUUCGAGAUGCCUUCAUGGCAGAGGCUUCGAUUCUCAAACGCAUUGGUCGCGAUUGCCAUCCUUCGAUAGCUAGCCUCGUGGGAGUGUGCUUCCAUUCACAACCAUUGUAUGUCGUGCAAGAGGAUUGCGAGCAAGGCUUUUUGGCCACUAUGUUACGUGAUUGUCGUGGAUCUCAGAAUU